GAAGCCUGACUGGUUGAGUGGUCGGUAGCUGCUGCCUCAAAAAAGGGUGUAACCCGUCAGAUUUAAAAAAAAAAAAAAAAAAAAAAGCAUAAAUCGCCUGCACAAAGGAGGUCACACACACACACAUACACACAUCGCAGAACGUAUCAACGCAGCUGAAGUCAGGAUGGUGUACCACCCCGAGUUCGAGAAGGCGGGGCAGCAGGCGGGGCUCCAGGUGUGGAGGAUCGAGAAGAUGGACCUGGUCCCGGUGCCGCAGAAGCUCUACGGGGAUUUCUUCACCGGAGACGCCUACGUGAUCAUGAACACCGUCAAGCAGAGAUCCGGACAGCUGCAGUACGACCUGCACUUCUGGCUCGGUGAUUUCUGCUCCCAGGACGAGAGUGGGGCGGCUGCCAUUUUCACAGUCCAGCUGGAUGAUUACCUCCAGGGCAAACCCAUCCAGUACAGGGAGGUGCAAGGGCAUGAGUCCCACACCUUCCUCGGGUACUUCAAAGCGGGCCUCAAGUACAAGGAAGGGGGCGUGGCUUCCGGGCUCAGGCACGUGGUAACCAACGAGGUCAUCGUCCAGCGCGUGCUCCAGGUCAAGGGCCGGCGCGUCGUCAGGGCAACGGAGGUUCCGGUCAGCUGGGACAGCUUCAACCAAGGAGACUGCUUCAUUCUGGACCUGGGAGAUGAGAUCUUCCAGUGGUGUGGCUCCCAGGCCAACCGCUUCGAGAAGCUAAAGGCCACCCAGGUCGCCAAGGACAUCCGCGACAAUGAACGCAGCGGCCGGGCCAAGGUCUACGUGUGCGACGAGGGCAGGGAGCGGGAGAAGAUGCUGGAGGUUCUGGGAGCAAAGCCUGAUCUGCCAGAAGGAAGCUCUGAUGAUGUCAAGGCUGAUGCAUCCAACAGGAAGCUGGCCAAGCUGUACAAGGUGUCGGACGCAAGUGGGGACAUGGCCAUCGCUCUGGUGGCUGCAGAGAACCCCUUCUCUCAGAGCUCCCUGGAGUCGGGAGACUGCUUCAUCCUGGACCACGGCUCUGACCACAAGAUCUUCGUCUGGAAAGGCAAGGAUGCCAACACCGAGGAGAGAAAGGCAGCCAUGAAAGCAGCAGAGGAGUUUAUUAAGAAGAUGGGAUACCCCAAACACACCCAGAUCCAGAUCCUGCCGGAGAUGGGCGAGACUCCGCUCUUCAAGCAGUUCUUCAAGAACUGGCGCGACCGGGACCAGACGGAGGGCAUGGGCGUGGCUUACGUGUCCAACCACAUCGCCAAGAUCGAGAAGGUGCCCUUCGACGCCUCCUCGCUGCACGACUCUCCUGCCAUGGCAGCGCAGCACGGGAUGGUGGACGGCGGGCAGGGGGAGAAACAGAUCUGGAGGAUUGAGAACUCGGAUAAGGUGCCUGUGGACCCCUCCACAUACGGGCAGUUCUACGGAGGAGACAGCUACAUCACCCAGUACAGCUACAGUCACGCAGGCAGACAGGGGCACCUCAUCUACACAUGGCAAGGAUCAGACUCCUCCCAGGAUGAGAUUGGAGCUUCAGCCAUCCUCAGCGCCCAGCUGGACGAGGAGCUGGGAGGGGGUCCGGUGCAGGUGCGGGUAAUCCAGGGCAAGGAGCCAGCCCACCUGAUGAGCAUCUUCGGAGGGCAGCCCAUGGUGGUGUACAAGGGGGGCACCUCCCGCGACGGGGGCCAGUCCACCCCCGCAGAGACCCGCCUCUUCCAGGUCAGGGCCAACUCUGCAGGGUUCACCCGCGCCGUGGAGGUUGAUGCCUGUGCCUCCAGCCUGAACUCCAACGAUGCCUUCGUGCUGCUCACCCCCAGCGCCUCCUUUGUCUGGGUGGGACAGGGCGCCUGUGACACGGAGAAGGACGGGGCCGAGAAGCUGCUCCAGAUCCUGGGGGCUUCUGCCUCCAAGCUGCAGGAGGGGGGAGAGACAGAUGAUUUCUGGUCUGCUCUGGGAGGGAAGCAACUGUACCGCACUUCCACCAGGCUGAAGGACAAGAUGGACUCUCACCCACCCAGACUGUUCGCCUGCUCCAACAAGACCGGCCGCUUCAUUAUUGAGGAGGUGCCUGGGGAGAUGAUCCAGGAGGACCUCGCACAGGAUGAUGUCAUGAUUCUCGACACCUGGGAGCAGGUGUUUGUUUGGAUUGGAAACGAAGCCCAGGAGGAGGAGAAGACCGAGGCCAUGGCUUCAGCUGCACAAUACAUCAAGAGCGACCCUGCGAACCGAGACCAGCGCACGUCCAUCAUCGUGAUCAAGCAGGGCUUUGAGCCGCCUACCUUCACUGGCUGGUUCCUGGGCUGGGACUACGAUUACUGGACGGUCGACCCCCUGGAGAGGGCCAUGGCGAGCCUGGAGGUCUGAGCCGGGACACUCUAGGACCUGCCGCCCCCCAACCCCCACCUCCCACCUCCCACUGCCUUACCAACAAGCUUCUGUCUGCAGCCCCCCCCCCCCCUUACCAGGGAGUCCCAGACCUGUCAAGACACACACACACUGCCAUCCCACCCACAUCCUGUUCUGCUCCGGUUCACUGACUCUAGUUCACGGUUUCUCCACUGUUUUUUUUUUUUUUUUUUUACUGUUGGUUACUGAAAAGUUAAGCACAGUCAGUAGUAGUCAAGUUACCAGUGCUAUUGCAAGCUUCGUACCAUUCUAGUAAGUACGCCUUUUUUUUCUAUUUAAAAUUGCACGAAUCUGCAUUGCGUUAGAACAUCAUUAUUACAAAGCCUGAUCUUGCAAAUGGGAGGGAGGGGGGGGGGGUCAUUAAUUCUAAACCUAUAAAUCAAGAGGUGGAUUCAGUUCGGAGGAUCGAAUCGAGUGAAUUCACUCAACAGACUUUGUGUGUACAGCGGUAUUCUUGUGCACAUUUUUCAGUGUAAUCCCAAAUCCGCCCUUGAUCGGUCUGCUCUUGGAGAAACCCUGCUAGAGUUAGUGCAAUCUACAGUGUAAUAAUGCCAGUAAAAGUCUUGCUUCUUCCUUUGUGAACUGGGGUUCGGUGCUGUGUGGUGUUAACACUGCCACGUAGAGUCACAGGAGUCCUAGGGUGGGUGUUUUGUUCUAGAUCCUUUCAAUUAAGAAUGUAGACUGCAGUACUUUUCCCUAGCCCACUAGAUGGCAGUCCAUAUAGUUCCGGAGGUCACCUUAGUUGGAAAAUUAGUUCUUGGGAGGGACUGAGAAAACAGCUGGAUGUUGCCCCUCCCCUUUUUCCUUCAGUGUCUUAACAGGUCAGGGUGGCUGGUUUUUUUUUCUAUUACAAAUACCCAUGCAGUCGUGCAAUAUUUUUUGUUUUUGUUUAUCGGCAAGCUAUUUGCAUCGGCACUUCAAUGAGCUUUAUAAACCAGUAAUAAAUAAACUUUGUAAAGCUGGAA